GUUGCUAAAAUUAGACUCCAGUAGAGAACUGGAUGUUGAAAAGCCAGGCAAGUAGGAGACUCUCGUCCGCGCGACCGCCCUGUCCCCCACCUAAGCUCCCAGGAUUCCCUGCUCCCACCCCCCCCCCCCGCAGAGCUUCAGCGUGGUCAGCCACGGCCAGCUCAGCUGAGCUCCAGCUUCAUCCUGCUGCUUUGAGCGGCCGCCAAAAGACACCACACCAACCAACUGAAGUGCUGAUCAAAGGGGAGAGCCUGGCUGAAGAGCAACCAGUUAGACUGUGGUGAGAAGCAUCUAAGUUUGUAAGGACUAGGAGAGAGCUUCAAGAUAGGUUACCAGGAUUUUCCAGUGGUCUCCAACAAUGAUAUUGCGCUCAAGAUUCCAAAAGCCUUCUGAAGUGAAGAUUAGAAAACGACAAAUGGGAUGCGGUAAAAAUAAACAGAAAAAAUCAACUGCAUCUCAGAUACCAGUGAACCAGGAAACUACAUGUAAAAAUCAAAACCUAAGGAAAUCAUCAAGUAGUGAAGCAUACCAACACCGUGGCACAAAGCAAUGUUACAUACUGACAAGAGACUCAAAAACUCUGCGUUUUGAUUUAGACGAGCAUGGCGAUUGUAAAAUAUCAGUUGAGGAUUCACAAUCCAGUGACGAUAUUGCAUGGUUAGACAUAUUCACAAGCAACGAAUGGAAUAAUUGUGUUCCGGUGGCCAGAAACAGCACUAAAAAACAUUGUAAAAAUUUGGUGACCAUGACUCAGCGAUCAAAAAAUAACUUUCUCCUGUUGGGCAAGAAUAAGAAACAACUGUAUCUGAAGGUCUUGAAUCCAAAUGGAAAGGCAUCACGGUGUCAUAUGGUGGCAGGACACAGCAUGGAAGGGAUUACAGGUGGAGCUCCUGACCUCAGACAGUUGACUGAAAAAAAAAACCAGCUGUUCAUCAUGCAUUACAAACAAGAAGAUUCAGUUAGGUUUCAGUGUUAUACGGACAAGAACUACUACCUUCAUGUGAAUAAGGACUCCGUUGAUCUAUGCAAGAUGAAAGAAACAGAUGCUGAUACAGGAAAAGACUUCUAUUUCAAGGUGAAAUAUGUGUGAUACAUACUUCCCCAGGCCUUUGCAAUGUCUCAAGUAUGUACACAGCCGCUGAAAUGAGCCAAUACAAAAUAGAAAUGAAGGGAGAUUGAGAUCAUGGCAGGAUUAAGUUCCUUAGUUUUGUAUAAAGUUUUUCUGUAGCCUCUGUUUCGUGGUUCACUAUUUUUGAUGUGUAAGGGAGAAGUCAUUUUGUGUGUUAAAUAUACAGUACCUGAGUGAAGUAUGUAACUUAGAGGGGGGAAUGGCGAGCAGUGUUUCAGAAAAAAGCAAUUUCUUGACAUUAUAUUUAUACUUUAAAGGAGGCUGAUUUGGGAAGUGGGGAACAUAACAGUAGGGGCCCAAAAAUAGGAAAAGAGAAUCACAGAAAAGAUAAAUAGAAAACACUUUUAAUAUUACAUUUUGUAAUAAUGAACUAUUUCUUAGAUGUCGCACAUGAAUUCACCUACAUGUAUGUGAAUGUGUGUAUACAAUGUACUUACUUUACUGAGGCUUUGCUGCACCAGCCAUUCUGCCCCCACCCUGGAGAUCUGAAAAAAAGAGCUUAAGGACAGAGGGCUAGUAGUUAAAGGCUAACAGCAAAGCUAUUCCACCUUCUCUACUACCCC